UUUUCUUUCCUGUUUUCCUCUUUUUCCAGGUUGGAAAGUUGGAAGGGACGUUAAGCGGAAAAGGAUUGGCAAGUGACAAGAAGGGAAUUCCUGGGGCGGCUCCUGCCUGGACUUAAGUCCGAACAAGAUGGAGAAGGACGAGGAAGGGCCUCGGGAGAUCCUGCUCCCGGACUGGCAAGGCAGCGGCUCCCACGGCAUCACCCUCGACCAGACUGAGGAAGGCGUCUUCGUCAAGCAGCUCCACGAAGAUUCGCCCAUCGCCAAGACCGGCGUCGUCAAGGAAGGGGAUCAGAUUGUGAGCGCCACCAUCUACUUUGACAACCUCCAGUCUGGGGAGGUGAAUGAGCUCCUGCGCAACGUGGGUCACCACACGGUCGGCCUCCGGGUCCAGAGGAAGGGGGACCGCUCUCCGCUGCCGGGACAGACUUGGUCGCACGACGUCUUUGUCCCCCAGACGCCCGAAGUGGUUCUGAGCGGAGAUGACGAAGAGUACCGGCGGAUUUACACGACUAAGAUUAAGCCCCGGCUCAAGUCGGAGGACGGCGUGGAAGCGGAGGCGGCGGGGGGCACCCAGAGCCGAACCAUCACCGUCACCAAGCGCGUCACGGCAUAUACUGUCGACGUCGGUGGCCGCGAAGGCGCCAGAGACCUCGACAUCACCAGCCCAGAGUUUAAGAUCAAGGUCCCGAAACACGAACUCACUCACGUCUCCAAAGCCGAGUUUGAAACCGAGUCAGGGAAAACAACGAUGACGACGACGACAACCACCAUAAAGAUCCCACAGGUUGAUUUGUCCGGCCGAACCGUCCAAGGGAGACCCUCGGAGGUCACGUUUGGUGGACCAAACGUCGAAUCGCCCUCUCGAAGGUUGGAGUUUGGCGUUCCCGAUGUCCACAUGGAACAGCAGAAGGUCCAGAUCUCAGGGCCUCAAAUCUCUGGGGUUGACCUCAAACCUGGCCUGACCAUCACAAGCCCAGAAAUCAAUGGCAAGAUGAGUGGUGUAUCUGAUAUAGACUUGAAAGCAGGGGUUCAAGGAGGUAACCUGCCCCAUGUCGACCUCGCCGGACCCAAAGUCCAAGGCGGGUGGGAGGCGGGUUUGUCCCCAACGCACCUCAAGGGUCCUUCAGUUGGCAUCUCAGGUCCCCAAAUGCAAAUCAGCGGAAUGAAAGCUCCAGAUAGUCCAGGAGGCCUCUCGUUUCCUGCCAUGAAGAUGCCCAAAUUUGGGAUCGGGUCCUCACUUUCGGAUGUUGAGGUUCCUCAACCCUCUGUGAUGGUCAAAGGUCCCGAAGGAUCCUUCAAAGGCCCCAAAUACACAUUGGAAGGUCCUGGAGACGUCCACCUGGAAGGUGGUGUGAAGGUGACCUCCCCAACGUUGGAAGGUCCCAAGGUGGACCUCAAAGGGCCCAAAGUGGAUUUUGUGGAGCAAGAACAAGGAGAGGGGAAAAUCAAAUUGCCCCACAUGAAGCUUCCAAAGUUUUCUGCGUCAGGUCCCGCCAUCGACGUGAGUGCUCCAAAAGGCGGGAUUGAGAUCUCGGGACCACGGAUGGACACCCGAGCCCCAGAUGUGGCUCUUGAGGCCCAUGUCAAAGGACCCCAAUUCGGCCAUCCCGAAGUGGUCAGUCAGAUCCCCGGCAUCUCAAUGUCGGACGUUGACUUGAACCUCAAGGGCCCUAAAGGAGCCGUGAAAGGACCCGAUGUGGGCAUUAAAGGUCCCAAAAUGGGCUUCAGAGGUCCAGAAGUCUCCAUGCCAUCCUUGGAAACAUCUCCCAUAAAAGUUGCCGUGCCAGAUGUGGACUUGAAAGCACCAUCGCUGAAGGGUGAUGUGGAUAUUUCCGUGCCAAGGCUAGAAGGUGGACUCAAGGGCCCUCAAGUUGGUGUUAAAGGUCCUCAGUUAGACAUAACCACACCUGAUGUUGGCAUCAAAGGUCCAAGUGGACAACUGAAAGGUCUUCACGUCAAGACCCCACAAAUCACAAUCCCAGACAUCGACCUCGAUGUGAAGGCUCCUAAAGUCAAAGGGGAUUGGGGUGUUUCGGUCCCCAAAGUGGAAGGAGGGGUCAAGGGCCCAGUUGUUGACAUCAAGGGCCCCAACGUAGACUUUGGAGCACCAGGUGUAGAUCUUCACGGACCUGAGCUCAAGAUGCCCAAAAUGAAACUGCCCAAAUUCGGCAUCAAAGGGGAAGUCCCCGAUGUUGACGUGAGUCUUCCGAAAGGUAGUGUCGACAUUUCCGGUCCCAGAGUUGACGUUGAAGCUCCUUCUUUUGGUAUCAAAGGGCCAGCAGGACACCUCAGAGGCCCCCAAGUCACGAUGCCCGAAAUGCACGUCAAGACCCCUCACAUUACCAUACCGGACAUUGACCUGAACUUGCAAGGCCCUAAUCUCAAAGGAGAUGUGGAUGUUUCCCUUCCAAAGUUUGAAGGAGGCCUCAAGGGCCCCGCUGUUGACCUCAAGGGCCCUGAAGUGGACCUCGGAGCACCCAACGUUGAGUUCCAUGGACCUGACUUCAAGAUGCCCAAACUGAAGAUGCCCAAAUUCGGCAUGCCGGGCUUCAAAGCAGAGGCUCCUGAUGUUGAGGUUGAUCUUCCAAAAGGCAGUGUUGAUAUCUCAAGUCCAAAAGUAGCCGUUGAAGGACCUGGAUUGGACUUUGAAGGACCCAAAAUCUCAGCCCCAGAUGUGGACUUUGGUCUGAAAGGGCCGAAGUUCAAGGGCGAUGUGGAUUUUUCUGUGCCAAAGCUAGAAGGUGGGCUCAAGGGGCCCCAUGUCGGUAUUAAAGGCCCUCAGCUGGACGUAGACGCACCCAAUAUUGGCAUCAAAGGUCCAAGUGGACAACUGAAAGGUCCUCAUGUCAAGAUGCCACAAAUCUCAAUCCCAGACAUCGACCUCAACUUGAAGGGCCCUAAAAUCAAAGGGGAUGUGGAUGUUUCUAUUCCAAAAGGAGGACUCGAGGGCCCCGCCAUUGACAUCAAGGGCCCCAAGCUAGAUGUUGGCGCACCAGAUGUAGGCCUUCACGGACCUGAGCUCAAGAUGCCCAAAAUGAAAUUGCCCAAAUUUGGCAUCAAAGGUGAAGUCCCCGAUGUUGACGUGAGUCUUCCGAAAGGCAGCGUCGACAUUUCUGGCCCCAAAGUUGACGUCGAAGCUCCUGCUUUUGGUAUCAAAGGGCCAGCAGGACAUCUCAGAGGUCCCCAAGUCACGAUGCCCGAAAUGCACGUCAAGACCCCUCACAUUACCAUACCGGACAUUGACCUGAACUUGCAAGGCCCAAACCUGAAAGGAGAUGUGGAUGUUUCCCUUCCAAAAGUGGGAGGAGGACUCAAGGGCCCCUCCGUUGACCUCAAGGGCCCUCAAAUGGACUUUGCUGCCCCCAAUGUUGAGUUCCACGGACCCGAAAUCAAGAUGCCCAAGAUGAAGAUGCCCAAAUUUGGCAUCAAAGGCGAAGUCCCUGAUGUAGACGUCAGUCUCCCGAAAGGCGGCCUUGAUAUUUCUACUCCCAGAGUUGAUAUUGAAGGACCUGAGUUGGGUUUUGAAGGACCAGAAGGCAAGAUCAAAGGCCACCGGUUCAAGAUGCCCGAAAUGCCCAAGAUUUCCAUGCCAGACAUUGACUUGAACCUGAAAGGUCCUAGAGCGAAAGGAGGCCUCGAUGUUUCCAUGCCCAAAGUCGAAGGUGGCUUGAAAGGUCCUAGAAUUGAUCUUGAAGGACCACAAUUGGACGUCAACGUGCCAGAUGUUGAACUUCAUGGUCCUGAAGGAAAACUGAAGAUGCCCAAGAUGAAGAUGCCCACAUUUGGCUUCAAAGGAGAAGCACCGGAUGUAGAUCUCAGCCUUCCAAAAGGUGGGAUUGAUAUUUCAGGUCCUAAAGUAGACGUUGAUGCUCCACAUCUGGAAAUGGAAGGUCCUGAUGUCAACAUUAAAGGUCCCAAAUUCAAAAUGCCAGAGAUGCAUAUGAAGACUCCGAAAAUAUCCAUGCCAGACAUUGAUCUGAAUCUGAAAAGGCCCAAAGUCAAAGGAGAGGUGGAUGUUUCUGUUCCCAAACUGGAAGGUGACCUGAAAGGCCCCCAAGUUGAUAUCAAAGGGCCCAAACUAGAUGUUGACAUACCCGACGUUGAUCUUCACGGCCCAGAAGGAAAACUGAAAAUGCCCAAAUUCAAGAUGCCCAAGUUUGGAAUGCCCGGCUUCAAGGGAGAAGGUCCCGAGGUCGAUGUCAACCUCCAAAGACCCGAUGUGGAUGUUUCUCUUCCCAAAGUUGACGUUGAAGGGCCAAGUUUGGACAUCGAAGGCCCUGAAGGGAAGCUGAAGGGACCCAAGUUUAGGAUGCCCGAGAUGCACAUCAAGGCUCCCAAAAUUUCCAUGCCGGAUGUCGACUUGAACCUGAAAGGGCCAAAAUGGAAAGGAGACGUGGAUAUUUCUGGGCCAAAGAUGGAAGGGGACUUCAAAGGACCUUCUGUUGACGUUGAGGCUCCUCAACUGGAUGUCGAUGUCCCUGAGGUGGAAAUGGAAGGUCCUGAAGGCAAAAUCAAAGGCCCCAAGUUCAAGAUGCCCAAACUGAAUAUCAAGGCUCCUAAGCUCUCCAUGCCAGAUGUAGACCUGGACUUGAAGGUCCCCAAAAUGAAGGGCGAAAUGGACGUCACGGUUCCAAAGCUCGAGGGUGAAUUGAAAGGACCCAGCAUUGACGUCAAGGGUCCCAAACUUGACGUCGAUGUCCCAGACGUUGACCUCGAAGGCCCAGACGCCAAACUGAAGAUGCCCAAAAUGAAGAUGCCCAAGUUUGGAAUGCCCGGCUUCAAAGCUGAAGGUCCUGAUGUUGACGUGAGCCUCCCCAAAGGAGAGCUGGAUCUUGACAUGCCAAGUGUAGACCUUGAAGGUCCAGAAGGAAAACUCAAGGGCCCCAAGUUUAAAAUGCCAGAGAUGCAUUUCAAGACCCCCAAAAUCUCCAUGCCAGACAUAGACUUGAACCUGAAGGGACCCAAAUUCAAGGGAGAUGUUGACGUGUCCGUCCCCAAAUUGGAAGGAGACCUGAAGGGCCCCAACAUUGACAUCAAGGGACCCUCAGUUGACUUCAGUGCUCCUGAUGUGGAUCUUGGGCUGAAGAUGCCCAAGUUGAAGAUGCCACACUUUAGCGUCUCUGGGCCCAAACUUGAAGGCCCGGAUGUAGAUAUGAACCUGCCGAAAGGAGACCUUGACCUUGCUGGUCCAAAGAUCGACUUAGAAGCUCCAGACAUCGACAUUGAAGGCCCCGAAGGGAAGCUUAAAGGUUCCAGGUUCAAAAUGCCAAAACUGAACAUCAAAGCUCCAAAGAUCUCCAUGCCUGACGUUGACCUGCACCUGAAAGGCCCAGGAUCGAGAGGAGAGAUGGACGUCACUGUUCCAAAUAUCGACGCUGACCUCAAAGGUCCCAAAGUGGACCUUAAAGCCCCUGAUGUUAGCUUGGAAGGCCCUGAAGGCAAAGUGAAAGGACCCAAGUUCAAGAUGCCCCAUAUCUCCAUGCCAGACAUCGACCUGAAAGGUCCCAAAUGGAAAGGCGACGUCGAUGUCUCCCUUCCGAAAGUAGAAGGUCCAGAUGUGGACAUCAAAGGGCCCAAACUGGACAUUGAUGCCCCUGAUGUUGAGCUCCAUGGCCCCGAAGGUAAACUCAAGAUGCCCAAGUUCAAGAUGCCCAAGUUCGGGAUGCCUGGGUUCAGAGCAGAAGGCCCAGAUGUGGACGUCAGCCUCCCCAAAGCAGACCUCGACGUCUCUCUUCCAAAAGGAGAUUUUGAAGGACCAAGUUUGGACAUUGAAGGCCCCGAAGGGAAAGUGAAAGGACCCAGGUUUAAGAUGCCGGAGAUGCACAUCAAGGCUCCCAAAAUCUCCAUGCCAGACGUUGACUUCAACCUGAAAGGUCCUAAAUUGAAAGGAGAUGUGGAUGUUUCAGUUCCAAAACUUGAAGGUGACCUCAAAGGUCCAAACAUUGAUAUCAAAGGUCCUAAACUGGACAUUGAUGCGCCUGAUGUUGACAUUGAAGGCCCUGAAGGAAAGUGGAAGACUCCAAAGUUUAAGAUGCCUGAAAUGAACAUCAAAGCUCCCAAAAUCUCCAUGCCAGAUGUUGACUUCAACCUGAGAGGUCCCAAAAUCAAAGGUGAUGUUGAUGUUUCUGCCCCAAAGCUAGAAGGGCCAGACAUAGACAUCAAAGGUCCUAAGCUAGAUAUUGAUGCUCCAGAUGUUGACCUUCAUGGGCCAGAAGGGAAGCUGAAGAUGCCCAAGUUCAAGAUGCCCAAAUUUGGGAUGCCGGGCUUCAAGGCAGAAGGCCCAGAUGUGGAUGUGAGUCUCCCCAAAACGGACCUUGACGUUUCCCUUCCAAAAGUUGACGUUGAGGCACCGAGUUUAGAUGUAGAAUUACCAGAAGGAAAAGUGAAAGGUCCCAAGUUUAAGAUGCCCGACAUGCACUUCAAGACCCCCAAAAUCUCCAUGCCUGACAUUGAUCUGAAUCUGAGAGGCCCCAAAUUAAAGGGAGAUGUUGACGUUUCAGUUCCAAAGCUGGAAGGUGACCUCAAAGGCCCAGAUAUUGAUAUCAAGGGCCCUAAACUGGACAUUGAUGCCCCUGAUGUAGAAAUUGAAGGUCCCGAUGGAAAGUGGAAGGGUCCCAAGUUCAAGAUGCCUGACAUGCACUUCAAGACCCCCAAUAUCUCCAUGCCAGACUUUGACUUGAACCUGAAGGGGCCCAAAUUGAAGGGAGAUGUGGAUGUUUCUGUGCCAAAAUUGGAAGGUCCCGAUAUUGACAUCCAAGGACCAAAGCUAGAUGUAGAUGUUCCCGAUGUCGAGCUUGAAGGUCCAGAAGGAAAGUUGAGAGGUCCUAAAUUCAAGAUGCCAGAUAUGCACUUCAAGGCACCCAAGAUUUCCAUGCCUGACGUGGACUUCAACCUCAGAGGUCCCAAAAUGAAGGGAGAUCUAGAUGUUUCUGCUCCUAAGCUUGAAGGAGAUUUGAAAGGACCGGAAAUUGACAUCAGAGGUCCCAAACUCGAUAUCGAUGCUCCAGAUGUUGACCUCCAUGGGCCAGAAGGGAAACUGAAGAUGCCCAAGUUCAAGAUGCCCAAAUUUGGAAUGCCCAGCUUUAAGGGAGAAGGCCCAGAUGUAGAUCUGAGUCUCCCCAAAGCAGACGUUGACGUUUCCCUUCCAAAAGUAGACCUUGAAGGACCAAGCUUGGAUGUUGAAGGUCCAGAAGGAAAGCUGAAAGGACCUAAGUUCAAGAUGCCUGACAUGCACUUCAAGACUCCCAAAAUCUCCAUGCCAGAUGUUGACUUCAACCUGAAAGGCCCCAAGUUGAAAGGAGAUGUUGAUAUCUCCGUUCCGAAGGUGGAAGGAGAUCUGAAAGGACCAGACUUUGACAUUAAAGGUCCCAAACUGGAUGUUGACGUUCCCGACAUCGAUUUGGAAGGACCUGAAGGAAAGUUGAGAGGUCCCAAAUUCAAGAUGCCUGACAUGCACUUCAAGACCCCCAAGAUCUCCAUGCCGGACUUUGACUUGAACCUGAAAGGACCCAAAGUGAAAGGAGAUGUGGAUGUUUCCGUGCCUAAGUUGGAAGGUGAUUUCAAAGGUCCUGAUUUUGACAUUAAAGGACCGAAGCUAGAUGUAGAUGUUCCCGAUGUUGAGCUUGAAGGUCCAGAAGGAAAGUUGAGAGGCCCUAAAUUUAAGAUGCCUGAACUGAACAUUAAGGCCCCAAAGAUCUCCAUGCCUGAUGUAGACUUCAACCUCARAGGUCCCAAACUGAAGGGWGAUYUAGAUGUGUCUGCUCCRAAGUUAGAAGGAGAUCUGAAAGGACCRGAWUUWGACAUCAAAGGUCCCAAACUYGAUAUUGAUGCUCCAGAUGUUGACCUUCAYGGRCCAGAAGGAAAACUCAAGAUGCCCAAGUUCAAGAUGCCCAAAUUUGGAAUGCCGAGUUUYAAGGCRGAAGGCCCAGAUGUGGAYGUGARUCUCCCCAAAGCAGACCUUGACGUUUCCCUUCCAAAAGUGGACCUUGAAGGACCAAGCUUGGAUGUUGAGGGUCCAGAAGGAAARYUGAAAGGACCKAAGUUCAAGAUGCCUGACAUGCACUUCAAGACCCCCAAAAUCUCCAUGCCUGACAUUGAUUUGAAUCUGAAAGGCCCCAAACUAAAGGGAGAUGUUGACGUUUCGGUUCCAAAGCUGGAAGGUGACCUCAAAGGCMCAGAYUUUGAUAUCAARGGUCCUAAACUGGACAUUGACGCACCUGAUGUAGAGAUUGAAGGUCCCGAUGGAAAGUGGAAGGGUCCCAAGUUCAAGAUGCCCGACAUGCACUUCAAGACCCCCAAGAUCUCCAUGCCGGACUUUGACUUGAACCUGAAGGGUCCCAAAGUGAAAGGAGAUGUGGAUGUUUCCGUGCCGAAGUUGGAAGGUGAUUUGAAAGGUCCCGAUUUUGACAUCAAAGGACCGAAGCUAGAUGUAGAUGUUCCUGAUGUUGAGCUUGAAGGUCCAGAUGCAAAGUUGAGAGGCCCUAAAUUCAAAAUGCCUGAACUGAACAUUAAGGCUCCAAAGAUCUCCAUGCCUGAUGUGGACUUCAACCUCAGAGGUCCCAAACUGAAGGGUGAUCUAGAUGUGUCUGCUCCGAAGUUAGAAGGAGAUAUAAAAGGACCAGAUUUUGACAUCAAAGGUCCCAAACUUGACAUCGAUGCUCCAGAUGUUGACCUCCAUGGACCAGAAGGGAAACUGAAGAUGCCCAAGUUCAAGAUGCCCAAAUUUGGGAUGCCAGGCUUCAAGGCAGAAGGCCCAGAUGUAGACUUGAGUCUCCCCAAAGCGGACCUGGAUGUUUCUCUUCCAAAAGUGGACCUUGAAGCACCAAGCUUGGAUGUUGAGGGUCCAGAAGGAAAGUUGAAAGGACCCAAAUUCAAGAUGCCUGACAUGCACUUCAAGACCCCCAAGAUCUCCAUGCCAGAUUUUGACUUGAACCUGAAAGGACCCAAAGUGAAAGGAGAUGUGGAUGUUUCCGUGCCUAAGUUGGAAGGUGAUUUGAAAGGUCCCGAUUUUGACAUCAAAGGACCGAAGCUAGAUGUAGAUGUUCCCGAUGUUGAGCUUGAAGGUCCAGAUGCAAAGAUGAGAGGUCCUAAAUUUAAGAUGCCAGACAUGCACUUCAAGGCACCCAAGAUUUCCAUGCCUGAUGUGGACUUCAACCUCAGAGGUCCCAAACUGAAGGGUGAUCUAGAUGUUUCUGCUCCCAAGCUUGAAGGAGAUCUGAAAGGACCCGAUUUUGACAUCAAAGGUCCCAAACUUGAUAUAGAUGCUCCAGAUAUUGACCUCCAUGGGCCAGAAGGGAAACUGAAGAUGCCCAAGUUCAAGAUGCCCAAAUUUGGAAUGCCCAGCUUUAAGGGAGAAGGCCCAGAUGUAGAUCUGAGUCUCCCCAAAGCAGACGUUGACGUUUCCCUUCCAAAAGUAGACCUUGAAGGACCAAGCUUGGAUGUUGAAGGUCCAGAAGGAAAGCUGAAAGGACCUAAGUUCAAGAUGCCUGACAUGCACUUCAAGACCCCCAAAAUCUCCAUGCCUGACAUUGAUUUGAAUCUGAAAGGCCCCAAACUAAAGGGAGAUGUUGACGUUUCGGUUCCAAAGCUGGAAGGUGACCUCAAAGGCMCAGAYUUUGAUAUCAARGGUCCUAAACUGGACAUUGACGCACCUGAUGUAGAGAUUGAAGGUCCCGAUGGAAAGUGGAAGGGUCCCAAGUUCAAGAUGCCCGACAUGCACUUCAAGACCCCCAAGAUCUCCAUGCCGGACUUCGACUUGAACCUGAAGGGUCCCAAAGUGAAAGGAGAUGUGGAUGUUUCCGUGCCAAAGUUGGAAGGUGAUUUGAAAGGUCCCGAUUUUGACAUCAAAGGACCGAAGCUAGAUGUAGAUGUUCCCGAUGUCGAGCUUGAAGGUCCAGAAGGAAAGUUGAGAGGCCCCAAAUUCAAGAUGCCCGAAAUGAAUAUCAAAGCUCCCAAGAUCUCCAUGCCUGAUGUAGACUUCAACCUCAAAGGUCCCAACUGGAAAGGAGAUGUUGAUGUUUCCCUGCCAAAAGUAGAAGGCCCCAACAUUGACAUCAAAGGUCCCAAACUCGAUAUCGAUGCACCAGAUGUUGACCUCCAUGGGCCAGAAGGAAAACUGAAGAUGCCCAAGUUCAAGAUGCCCAAGUUUGGGAUGCCUGGCUUCAAAGGGGAAGGUCCUGAGAUUGAUGUCAAUCUCCCGAAAGGAGAUAUUGACGUGUCUGCUCCAAAGGUGGACCUUGAAGGCCCCGAAUUCGACAUUGAAGGCCCAGAAGGAAAAAUCAAAGGCCCUAAGUUCAAGAUGCCUGAGAUGCACAUCAAGGCACCUAAGAUCUCCAUGCCUGACGUGGACUUCAACCUCAAAGGUCCCAAACUGAAGGGAGAUCUUGAUGUUUCUGCUCCAAAGCUCGAAGGAGAUCUGAAAGGACCAGAAUUUGACAUCAAAGGUCCCAAGUUAGACAUUGAUGCUCCAGAUGUUGACCUCCAUGGACCAGAAGGAAAACUCAAGAUGCCCAAGUUCAAGAUGCCCAAGUUUGGGAUGCCAGGCUUCAAAGGAGAAGGUCCUUCAGUGGACGUGAACUUGCCCAAAGGAGAAGUGGACAUCUCUGCCCCAAAACUGGACAUUGAAACACCAGAUUUGGACAUUGAAGGCCCAGAAGGGAAAUUGAAGGGUCCUAAGUUUAAGAAGCCCGACAUGCAUUUCAAUGUCCCCAAGAUCUCAAUGCCAGACAUUGACCUGAACCUGAGAGGCCCCAAAAUAAAGGGGGAUCUCGAAGGGGACAUCAAAGGACCCAACGUGGAGCUCAAAGGGCCAGACAUCGACUUGGAGGCACCAAAAAUAGACAUUGAAGCAAAGCCAAAGAAAUCGAGGUUCAAGCUUCCCAAAUUCAAUUUUUCUGGCCCAAAGGUCCAUAGCCCCGAGGUUGACGUCAAGUUGAAGAAGCCAGACAUUGACGUUUCCGGCCCCAAAGUUGACGUCCAAGGCCCAGAUGUUGACCUCCAAGGCAAAGUGAAAGGUUCUAAGUUUAAGAUGCCAUCCUUGAAUAUAUCGUCGCCCAAAGUCUCCGUCCCAGAUGUGGAGUUGAAUUUGAAAGCACCUAAACUGAAAGGAGACCUAGAUGUCUCUUCUCCAAGCCUGGAAGGAGAUCUGAAAGGUCCCGAAAUUGAUAUAAAAGGUCCGAAGUUGGACAUCGCGGCACCAGAUGUUGACUUGCACGGACCGGAGGCGAAGCUGAAGAUGCCCAAGUUCAAGAUGCCCAAGUUUGGGAUGAAAGGGCCCGAGGUGGACGUCAACCUUCCCAAAGCAGACCUUGACGUCACAGGUCCCAAAGUAGACAUUGAAGCCCCAGACUUGGACAUCGAAGGCCCCGAGGGCAAAAUCAAAGGCCCCAAAUUCAAAAUGCCAGACAUGCACUUCGGGAUGCCCAAGAUCUCAAUGCCAGACAUAGACUUGAACUUGAAAGGUCCUAAGUUGAAGGGAGAUGUUGAUGUUUCUGUUCCAAAGUUGGAAGGAGAUCUGAAGGGCCCAGAUCUCGACCUCAAGGGUCCACAGCUGGACGCAAACCUUCCUGAUGUUGACAUUGAAGGCCCAGAAGGGAAGUUGAAAGGACCUAAGUUUAAGAUGCCAGAUAUACAUUUUAAGACCCCCAAAAUCUCCAUGCCUGACCUGGACAUGAACCUCAAAGGUCCUAAACUGAAGGGGGAUGUUGACGUCUCGGUUCCAAAGCUGGAAGGUGAUCUCAAAGGCCCAGAUUUUGAUAUCAAGGGUCCUAAACUGGACAUUGAUGCUCCUGAUGUUGAGAUUGAAGGUCCCGAUGGAAAGUGGAAGGGCCCCAAGUUCAAGAUGCCUGACAUGCACUUCAAGACCCCCAAGAUCUCCAUGCCAGACAUUGACUUGAACCUCAAGGGUCCCAAAGUGAAAGGAGAUGUGGAUGUUUCCAUACCUAAGUUGGAAGGUGAUCUGAAAGGUCCCAGUAUUGACAUACACGGACCAAAGCUAGAUGUGGACGUCCCUGAUGUUGAGCUUGAAGGUCCAGAAGGAAAGUUGAGAGGCCCUAAAUUUAAGAUGCCUGAACUGAACAUUAAGGCCCCAAAGAUCUCCAUGCCUGAUGUAGACUUCAACCUCAAAGGUCCCAAACUGAAGGGUGAUUUAGAUGUGUCUGCUCCAAAGUUAGAAGGAGAUCUGAAAGGACCGGAAUUAGACAUCAAAGGUCCCAAACUUGAUAUUGAUGCUCCAGAUGUUGACCUUCACGGACCAGAAGGAAAACUCAAGAUGCCCAAGUUCAAGAUGCCCAAAUUUGGAAUGCCGAGUUUUAAGGCGGAAGGCCCAGAUGUGGACGUGAGUCUCCCCAAAGCAGACCUUGACGUUUCCCUUCCAAAAGUGGACCUUGAAGGACCAAGCUUGGAUGUUGAGGGUCCAGAAGGAAAGCUGAAAGGACCGAAGUUCAAGAUGCCUGACAUGCACUUCAAGACCCCCAAAAUCUCCAUGCCUGACAUUGAUUUGAAUCUGAAAGGCCCCAAACUAAAGGGAGAUGUUGACGUUUCGGUUCCAAAGCUGGAAGGUGACCUCAAAGGCCCAGACUUUGAUAUCAAGGGUCCUAAACUGGACAUUGACGCACCUGAUGUAGAGAUUGAAGGUCCCGAUGGAAAGUGGAAGGGUCCCAAGUUCAAGAUGCCCGACAUGCACUUCAAGACCCCCAAGAUCUCCAUGCCGGACUUUGACUUGAACCUGAAGGGUCCCAAAGUGAAAGGAGAUGUGGAUGUUUCCGUGCCGAAGUUGGAAGGUGAUUUGAAAGGUCCCGAUUUUGACAUCAAAGGACCGAAGCUAGAUGUAGAUGUUCCUGAUGUUGAGCUUGAAGGUCCAGAUGCAAAGUUGAGAGGCCCUAAAUUCAAAAUGCCUGAACUGAACAUUAAGGCUCCAAAGAUCUCCAUGCCUGAUGUGGACUUCAACCUCAGAGGUCCCAAACUGAAGGGUGAUCUAGAUGUGUCUGCUCCGAAGUUAGAAGGAGAUAUAAAAGGACCAGAUUUUGACAUCAAAGGUCCCAAACUUGACAUCGAUGCUCCAGAUGUUGACCUCCAUGGACCAGAAGGGAAACUGAAGAUGCCCAAGUUCAAGAUGCCCAAAUUUGGGAUGCCAGGCUUCAAGGCAGAAGGCCCAGAUGUAGACUUGAGUCUCCCCAAAGCGGACCUGGAUGUUUCUCUUCCAAAAGUGGACCUUGAAGCACCAAGCUUGGAUGUUGAGGGUCCAGAAGGAAAGUUGAAAGGACCCAAAUUCAAGAUGCCUGACAUGCACUUCAAGACCCCCAAGAUCUCCAUGCCAGAUUUUGACUUGAACCUGAAAGGACCCAAAGUGAAAGGAGAUGUGGAUGUUUCCGUGCCUAAGUUGGAAGGUGAUUUGAAAGGUCCCGAUUUUGACAUCAAAGGACCGAAGCUAGAUGUAGAUGUUCCCGAUGUUGAGCUUGAAGGUCCAGAUGCAAAGAUGAGAGGUCCUAAAUUUAAGAUGCCAGACAUGCACUUCAAGGCACCCAAGAUUUCCAUGCCUGAUGUGGACUUCAACCUCAGAGGUCCCAAACUGAAGGGUGAUCUAGAUGUUUCUGCUCCCAAGCUUGAAGGAGAUCUGAAAGGACCCGAUUUUGACAUCAAAGGUCCCAAACUUGAUAUAGAUGCUCCAGAUAUUGACCUCCAUGGGCCAGAAGGGAAACUGAAGAUGCCCAAGUUCAAGAUGCCCAAAUUUGGGAUGCCAGGCUUCAAGGCAGAAGGCCCAGAUGUGGACUUGAGUCUCCCCAAAGCGGACCUGGAUGUUUCUCUUCCAAAAGUGGACCUUGAAGCACCAAGCUUGGAUGUUGAGGGUCCAGAAGGAAAGCUGAAAGGUCCCAAGUUCAAGAUGCCCGACAUGCACUUCAAGACUCCCAAGAUCUCCAUGCCUGAUGUGGACUUCAACCUCAAAGGUCCCAAACUGAAGGGAGAUCUAGAUGUUUCUGCUCCCAAGCUUGAAGGAGAUCUGAAAGGACCCGAUUUUGACAUCAAAGGUCCCAAACUCGAUAUCGAUGCACCAGAUGUUGACCUCCAUGGGCCAGAAGGGAAACUCAAGAUGCCCAAGUUCAAGAUGCCUAAAUUUGGGGUGCCAGGCUUCAAGGCAGAAGGCCCAGAUGUGGACCUGAGUCUCCCCAAAGCAGACCUGGAUGUUUCUCUUCCAAAAGUAGACCUUGAAGCACCAAGCUUGGAUGUUGAAGGUCCAGAAGGAAAGCUGAAAGGUCCCAAGUUCAAGAUGCCCGACAUGCACUUCAAGACACCUAAAAUCUCCAUGCCUGAUGUGGACUUCAACCUGAAGGGUCCCAAUUUGAAAGGAGAUGUGGAUGUGUCCGUACCAAAGUUGGAAGGUGAUUUCAAGGGUCCCGACUUUGACAUCAAAGGGCCGAAGCUAGAUGUUGACGUUCCCGAUGUUGAUCUCGAAGUUCCUGAUCCAAAGUUGAAAGGCCCUAAAUUCAAGAUGCCGGACAUGCAUUUCAAGACACCUAAAAUCUCCAUGCCAGAUAUGAACCUGAACCUGAAAGGACCUAAAGUGAAAGGUGAUGUGGAUGUUUCCGUCCCAAAGUUGGAAGGGGAUCUAAGAGGCCCUGAUAUCGACCUGAAAGGUCCUCAAGUAGAUCUUCCUGACAUUGAUAUCGAAGGACCAGAUGGAAAACUGAAAGGUCCUCGGUUUAAGAUGCCCGAAAUGAACAUCAAAGCUCCCAAGAUCUCCAUGCCAGACGUGGACUUCAACUUGAAGGGCCCCAAACUGAAGGGAGACGUUGACCUGGAUGUAUCCGGCCCCAAGAUUGGUGGUGACCUGAAGGGUCCAGACUUUGAUAUAAAGGGCCCCAAAGUGGAUGUUUCAGUCCCGGACAUGGACUUGGAAUGUCCUGAAGGAAAACUCAAAGGGCCGAAGUUCAAGAUGCCCGACAUGCAUUUUAAGACGCCCAAAAUUUCAAUGCCAGACUUCGACUUGAACCUGAAAGGUCCCAAGGUGAAAGGAGAUGUCGAUGUGUCAGCACCCAAGUUGGAAGGUCCCGAUUUUGACCUCAAGGGACCGAAACUAGAUGUAGACGUUCCGGACGUUGAGUUGGAAGGUCCUGAUGGAAAAUGGAAAGGCCCGAAAUUUAAGAUGCCCGAAAUGCACAUGAAGACGCCCAAGAUCUCCAUGCCUGACGUCGAUCUCAACCUGAAAGGACCACAGAUGAAAGGUGACGUCAACAUUUCUGGCCCGAAACUUGAAGGAGAUUUCAAAGGCCCUGAAAUUGACAUCAAAGGUCCGAAGUUGGACAUUGACGCUCCAGACGUGGAUCUCCAUGGUCCAAAGAUGAAGUUACCCAAGAUGAAGUUACCCAAAUUUGGCCUGCCUGGAUUCAAAGGAGAAGGACCUGACGUUGAUGUCAACCUACCCAAAGGAGAUUUGGAAUUUUCUGGCCCCAAAGUCGACGUCGAAGCUCCCAGUUUGGAUGUUGAAGGACAACUGAAAGGCCCUAAAGUCACAAUGCCCGAAAUGCAUUUCAAGACCCCUCAGAUAUCCAUGCCGGACAUUGAUUUGAAUCUGAAAGGACCCAAAGCGAAGGGGGAUCUCAACCUCAAAGGCCCAGAAAUGGACAUUGAAGGCCCAGGGAUCGGAGUCAAAGGUCCGAAUAUUGACUUGGAGUGUCCAGAUGUGAACGUUGAAGGUCCCGAAGGAAGCGUCAAACUCCCGAAAUUUAAGAUGCCGAAAUUUGGGUUCGGAGCCAAGAGUCCCAAGGCCGAAGUGAAGACUCCCAAUUUGGACGUCUCUCUUCCGGAAGGGGAACUCAACCUCGAGUCGCCCGACGUCGCCCUUUCCGCCAAAGGGAAGAAGAGCAAGUUCAAGAUGCCCAAGAUCCACAUGAGCGGGCCGAAAAUCAAAGGGAAGAAGGCCGGCUUCGACGUGAGCGGAGAGGUGGACGCCAAUAUGAAAUCGCCCGAUUUGGAAGGAAGCGUCUCCAUCCCUGAAGCGUCCCUGAAAGGAGACCUGAACGUCAAGUCGCCGAAGGGGAAGUCCGUCUUUGGGAAGCUCUCGUUCCCCGACGUCGAGUUCGAUAUCAAGUCCCCCGUCUUCAAGGCCGACGCUUCGUUGCCCAAAGUGGAAGGAGAUCUCGACGUCACCGUUCCCGGCGGAAGCGCCAGCCUCCCCGACGUCAACAUCGGAGGUCCCGAUGUCCACCUGAAGAAGCCCAAAAUGAACAUCUCCGGUGGGAACGUCGACUUCGCCGGCCCCAAAUUGGAAGGCGAUGUCCAGAUGCCCAGCUUCGACGCCAAACUCAACGCUCCGGACCUCAACCUGAGAGGCCCCUCCGUCGAUAUCUCCGCUCCGUCCCUCUCCGCCCCAGACAUGGAUCUCAACUUGAAAGGACCAAAGAUAACCGGCGACGUUAAGCUUCCCCACGCGGAAUUGCACGGUCCAGAAGGGAAGCUGAAGUUCCCUAAAUUUGGCUUGCCGAAAAUCGGGAAACCAGGAGUGAAGUUGGAAGGGCCUGACGUCAACCUUCAGGGACAUUCACCCUCCGUGAGCGUCGACGUCUCCGGCCCGAGUGUUGGAGGCGCAGCCGACUUAAGCUUGAAAGGACCAAAACUAGGAGGAGACUUUGGUCUUUCCGGCGACGUGAAAGGCCCGAAGGUCGGUUUCAGCGCUCCGGAUGUCGACAUUGGCGGUUUCGACGGGAAGCUCAACUUGCCGAAGUCCCCAGGUCUAGACGUCAACGUAAGCACUCCAGACCUUGAUGUGAAAGGACCGGCAGUGAAAAUAGGUUCCGCUCCUGAUUUUGAUGUGAAUCUCAAAGGACCAAAAGUGAAGGGAGAUCUCGGCUUUUCCGGCGGCGUCUUGUCCCCGAAGUUCGAGGCGCCUCAAGUGAACGUAGAAGGCGGUGGGACCGGAAUCAGACUUCCUUGCAUGAAGAUCCCCCAGUUCGACAUCUCCGGUGAAGGACCCGGCAUCGACAUCCAAGGGCCGAACCUUUCCGCCCCAGACUUCGAUUUGAACCUGAAAGGACCAAGUUUGAAAGGCGAUGUGAAAGUGGGCACGGCGGGGGUGAAGAUGCCCGGCGUGGGGUUCGACGCCGAAGCACCGGACGUCAGCUUGCGAGGGCCGUCCCUCAACGUUUCCGGUCCCAAAAUUUCCGGGACGGACUUCGACAUCAAUUUGAAAGGGCCUAAAAUCAAAUCUCCGGAGUUCGACGUCGGCAUCCAAGGGACGGGAGACCUCCACGUUUCCGGACCAAAGGGAGGAGUGGACAUCAAAGGCAUGCACGGCCAUUUGGAAAGCCCGUCUGGGAAAGUCUCAUUCCCGAAGAUGAAGAUGCCCAAAUUUGUCGUUUCGGGGCAGGAGGCGACCGGGAGGGAAGUCGGGGUCGACGUCGAGUUCCCGCAGGCGACCGCCCUUGCGAACGUCGAGCUGGAAGAACCCGACCUGAAGCUGAAGAAGUCCAAAAUCAAGAUGCCGAAGUUUGCGUUCUCGAAGCCGAAAGCGAAAGGCGGCGAAGUGUCCGGAGGAGAGCUGAAGGCGAGCUUGGGCUCCUUAGAGGGCGACGUCGAGGUCAGCGGAGAAGUGGCCGCCUCCUCGCCCAAAGGGAAAUUCUCCUUCUUCAAGACCAAGAAGUCCCGGCACCGCUCCUCGUCUUUCAGCGACGACCACUCGUCGCAUUCGACGCCGACCGGCACUUUGGAGCACGACGUCGAGAAAGGCAAGCACGGCGCCAAGCUGAAGUUCGGCACCUUCGGCGGUAUCGGCUCCAAAACCAAAGGCUCCUACGAAGUCACCGGGAGCGACGACGAGAAGACGGCGUCGUUGGCGUCCAAGAAGUCCCGCCUGUCCUCGUCCUCGAGCAACGACAGCGGGACGAAAGCCGGUUUCCGGGUGCCGUCGGUGGAGCUGACGGUGGCCAAGAAGAAAGAGUGAAGCGCCGGCAUGCGUCUCGUGUACAUAUACGGCCUCUGUGUAUAUAGAAAACCACACGUCUCUUUCCAUCUCCUUCCAUCUGUGUGCAUGUAUAUAUAUAUACAUUUCCUCGCUUGCGAUACUCGGCAAAACGGUAUAGGCCUCGCAGCCAGAAAUCCGACGUUUUUUAAGAGAGUCGACUACUGUUUUCAACAUAGAUCCAGCUAUGCAAGACCAAAGCCGUCACAAGAAGAACGAACUGUGAGAUGUGCCAAUUAUUAUUACUAUUUCUUAAGUUUUGAAGCGGGGGGGGGGGCUUCCGGUUCAGUGAUCAAUGAUAUCAAUUGGAAAUAGGUUUCCUUUGGAAAACAUAAAUCCUAUAGAUUUCGAAGAGGAAAAGUCUCGAAUUAUGUGAUAUUUUAAAGCUGUGCCAAUAAAGAAUGAAAGAAAAAUAAUAAACAAAGGGGUGUACAGAUCUGAGGGAUGCAUUUUCCGGGUUCGGGUUUGCGCUUCGUCUGCCGAGAGCUUUAUGUUUACUUACCGACGCUUUUAAAGAAAUGUUAUCUUUUAAUCUCUUCCCAAUCUUGCAAAAUCUCUGGAUUGACGGAAAUGUGUCCUUUUUUUUUUUUUUUUUUUUUUUUUUGGCUUUUCGGAGGGGAGAGUGACGUCGUCACGGGGAAAAGCGGAUAUAUUUUUAAAAGAGACGAAAAACACUGUAAAAUAUAUCGAGGCAACUGAGAUACGUUGAAUUUGGAAACUCGGACUCAAAAUUUUCCGAUUUUGCAUGCGAUUUUCGGAACCGAAAAUCUGUGAAUUUCAAAUAUUUUCAGUUUGGAAACUCGAAACAGACUCAAAAUAUUCCGAUUUUGCAUGCGAUUUUCAGAACUGAAAAUCUGUAAAUUGCAAAUAAUUUCAAUUUUGGAAACUGGAAACGGACUCAAAAUUUUCCGAUUUUGCAUGCGAUUUUGGAAACUGGAAACGGGCUCAAAAUUUUCCGAUUUUGCAUGCGAUUUUCGGAACUGAAAAUCUGUAAAUUGCAAAUAAUUUCAGUUUGGAAACUCGAAACGGACUCAAAAUUUUCCGAUUUUGCAUGCGAUUUUCGGAACUGAAAAUCUGUAAAUUUCAAAUAUUUUCAGUUUGGAAACUCGAAACGGACUCAAAACUUUCCGAUUUUGCAUGCGAUUUUCGGAACUGAAAAUCUGUAAAUUUCAAAUUUUAAUUUUGGAAACUUGAAACGGACUCAAAAUUUUCCGAUUUUGCAUGCGACUUUCAGAACUGAAAAUCUGUAAAUUUCAAAUAAUUUCAGUUUGGAAACUCGAAACGGACUCAAAAUGUUCCGAUUUUGCAUGUGAUUUUCGGAACCUAAAACCUGUAUAUUUCAAAUAAUUUCAGUACGGUUUUGACAAAAGAGACAACACACUAAAGGGAAUCAUGGAAAACAUCACUUAUCUUAGUUUCGAUUUUGCAUGCGAUUUUCGGAACUGAAAAUCUGUAAAUUUCAAAUAAUUUCAGUUUGGAAACUUGAAACGGACUCAAAAUUUUCCGAUUCUGCAUGCCAUUUUCAGAAAUGAAAAUCUGUAAAUUUCAAAUAAUUUCAGUUUGGAAACUUGAAACGGACUCAAAGUUUUCCAAUUCUGCAUGCAAUUUUCAGAACUGAAAAUCAGUAAAUUUCAAAUAAUUUCAGUUUGGAAACUCGGAACAGAUUCAAAAUUUUCCAGUUUUGCAUGCGAUUUUCAGAACUGAAAAUCUGUAAAUUUCAAUUUAGAAACUCGAAACGAAUUCAAUAUUUUCCGAUUUUGCAUGCAAUUUUCGGAACUGAAAAUCUGUAAAAAUAAUUUCAGUACGGUUUGACGGAAGAGACAACACACUAAAGGGAAAUCGUGGCAAACGUCACUUAUCUUAGUUUCCUCCGUAUAUUUUGUUAUUAUUUUUUUUUUGUAUAAUAAGGCAGGAGUUUUCAAAGUGGUGGAAAAUAUUUUUUUUUUCUUCGACGGUUACUUUAUUCCUUCCCAUCCAUCAGAUCUCUUUUAAGAUUUACACAUAUAUUUCGGUUUCAAACUAAAACAGUAAAUGGAGGGGAGAAAAAAAACCCCUCUAUUUCAGCACUUUACCAGCAAAACUUUUAAUUCAAAAUGUAUGGGGGAAAUGACCUUGUACAAUGCAAAAUAAACUGUUUAUUAACCUUUUGA